GGCCGGUUGCUCCCGGCGAGGUGGGACUGGGGAUGGCUGAGCAGGGCUCGGCCCCUUGGCCACCAUGCCCAGGGAGCUCUGGAGACUGCGGGGCUUUUCCGCGGGCGGAGCGCGAGCCGGAGGUUGACCUGAGCUGCGGGCGGGGGCGGACGGCUCUAGAGCGCCGACCUCUACUGCUUGCGCCGGUGCCUCGACGUCCCAGAACGGUGGUGUCACAACCCUUUUAGAGCCGAGGGGACGGCGUCUGGAUGCGAGCCAAGCCUGCCUCCAGGCAGCCGUGUGACUGGAAGCGGGGCAGCGCGAAGGCCGUUUUCGUGGGAGGUCAUACCUUCCACGAACAGGGCGUGAGCAGCAGGAUCCCUGAUACUGGCGACGCAGUGGAGUUGGCAGGGGAUGGUCGUUAACUGCCAGGGCGAGGGGCCCCAGCCUUCCUGGGAGAAUAGGGGGCAAUGAAGCCCGUAGAGAACUCUAUGUGCUUCCAUGGCUCCAUCAGCGCUCCAUGCGCCCCAGUCCCGUUGUGCUAUGGGUAUUCUGGGCCUGACCAAGUGCCUCGGGGACAGGAGUUGUGCUCUGUUGAUCUCUGCUCCAGCACCUGGUGACAUUGAGGCAUCUACAUCUUAGACUUCCUUUCUGGGCAGACUGAUCAAGGAGGAGGAAGCAGCAAUGUCUGCCGUGGGUGUUGCAUCUUCCUACCUGCAUCAUCUUGGUGACAGUCACAGUGGCCAGGUGAAUUUUCUGGGGGCCCAGCUCCCUCCAGGGGUGGCAGCAAUGGCCCGGCUCCUGGAGGACCUGGACAGAAGCACAUUCAGAAAGCUACUGAAGCUUGUGGUCAGCAGUAUGCAGGGGGAGGACUGCCGGGAGGCCGUAUAUCAUCUUGGGGCCAGUGCCAACCUGCCAGAGGAGCAGCUGAGCACCCUACUUGCAGGUGUGCACACUCUGCUCAAGCAAGCCCUCCGGCUGCCCCUCGCCAGCCUGAAGCCUGAAACCUUCAAGGACCAGCUCCAGGAGCUCUCUAUCCCCCAAGACUUGGUUGAGGAGUUGACCAGCGUGGUAUUUGGGAGCCAGCGACCCCUCCUUGACUUUGUGGCCCAACAGCAGGGGACCUGGCUGCCCCACAUGGCUGACUUUCGGUGGAGGGUGGAUGUGGCAAUCUCUACCAGCACCCUAGCUCGCUCCCUGCAGCCGAGCGUCCUGAUACAGCUGAAGCUUUCAGAUGGGUCUGCACACCGCUUCGAAGUCCCCACAGCCAAGUUCCAGGAGCUACGGUACAGUGUGGCCCUGGUUCUAAAAGAGAUGGCGGAUCUGGAGAAGAGGUGUGAGCGCAAACUACAGGACUGAACCCUCACUUGGCCAGUCCCAUUCAGGUCAGCUGAGGAGGACAGGUGCCUCAGAUGGUGCCAAAGUGUAGCUGGCUCUUCCCAGGCUAUCCUGCCCUAUGAGGCAGACUUUUCAGUGAGAGUGUUUGAAUGUAAUUUUGUAAUUUUCUGUUUAAUUGAAAAAGACAGCUGUACUUUUCAUUUUUUAGAAGUAAAGCACGUAUAAAAAACAUG